AUGUUUGAACGGGUGGCGGAUCAUUCUGUGAAUCGUGUACGAGCGAAGGAUUCACGGUGUGCGCGGAGGACGACAAGGAGGAGGGGUAGGAGGCUGGCUGAGGAACGGGGUCGGUAUGUGGAACAACUUGUGAAGAAUGGGAAGAGGAAGGGUGGAAGGGCGAGGGCGAGGGCGAAGGGGAGGUUGACAAACUGGACGUGGUGGAGUUGGGAGCGGCAGAGCCUAGCUGGCUGGAGGUGGGCUUGGGUGGAGGGGUCUGUGAACGCUGACGGGAGCAACGACGUAGAUUCGAGGGGGGGUGAGAAGACAAUUGCGAAUGUUGGCAACCAGACUCAGAUGCAGGCUCAGAAGCAGCAGACACAGAUAUGA